AUGCCCUGCCCGAUUCAGGAAUCACUGUCACUGCUUCUGUCAUGCGAUGCGCAGCAGCAACUGCAAAAAUUCCGCACCAAGCCGGUGAAUCUGGUGGUUUCGGAGGGCUCUGACGCAUUGUUGCGAUGCGAAAUUCAGAACGCUGCCGGCUCGGUGCAGUGGACCAAGGAUGGUUUUGCGUUGGGGUUUACGCAGAGCAUACCUGGAUAUCCGCGAUACUCCGUCCUCGGUGACAGUAGUCAAGGCAUCUACAAUCUGCAUAUAGCGAACGUCACCCUCGACGAUGACGCCGACUACCAGUGCCAAGUGGGGCCUAAAAUGCCCCACGUCCUGAUUCGAGCCAACGCGACGCUGAGUGUGAUAGCUCCACCGUCGUCGAUUAAAAUCCAAGGCUACAGCCAGCAUGCAAAGGCCGAGGUACGGGAAGGCCAAGACCUGUCGUUGACUUGCAUCGUACCCAACGCCAAGCCUGCCGCCCAGAUCGUUUGGUACCGGGCGAAUGUGGAGUACAAAUCAGAAACCAUCGACACCAAGAUCACCGAAACCGACGAGCGGAGAUACACGGUCACUUCCAAGCUGCGACUCCGACCGACAGCCGACGAUGACUACGUCGAUUAUACGUGUCAGGCCCGACACCAAGCGAUCCUGGAGGACCGUCCAAUGCAAGCGACCGUCCAACUGUCAGUGCUGUAUCCUCCUGGUGCUCCGUAUAUCGAAGGAUACAUCCACGGUGAGGCUAUUCGUCGUGGCCAACAUGUAGAGCUGGUGUGUCGAAGCCGGGGUGGUAAUCCACCGGCCCAACUAAUCUGGUACAAGAAUGGCAACCAAGCCCGGAUGGCGUACCGGACGACGGAUCGCCUAUCGGAGAACGUGUAUGCGUUCGUGGCUGAGGCCACCGACAACAAGGCUCGGUUGCGCUGCGAGGCAAACAACAUAAUGGCGACAAAAAUUCUUAAGACGGAAGUUACACUUAAUGUGCUCUUUGCUCCAACACAAGUCAUCGUCUCAGGACCAUCGGAGGCUCGUACCGGAGACUCGGUUGCGCUGCAAUGUCAAACAACUGCAUCAAAUCCGGCCGCGGACAUCAAAUGGGUGAUUAAUGGAAGACAAAUGUCGAAUGCCACCUCCAAGAUUGUUCCCAGUCCCGAAGGAGGCUGGGUGACAACGUCCAACAUUACUGCUACCGUGGAGUCUAACAAAAGAUCAUUGGUUGCUAUCUGCCACGGAGUCAACAUGCAACUGCCAGAAAAUGUACAAUCAACACACACAGUGAACGUACUACUCCCUCCUGGUCCACCGAUAAUUUCAGGAUACACUGAAGGUUCCAUAAUACCGACUGGAUCAAAGCAGAAGCUCAUGUGUGUUUCCUCGGGUGGAAACCCAUUAGCUACGCUGACAUGGUAUAAAAAUGAUAAAAAAAUCAAAUCCGUAAGCAAAACGGCGAACCAAUCGGUUUCCGCCGAACUGUCGAUACUGGCAAACGUCACCGACAACCAGGCCCGGUACCGGUGCGAGGCCCACAACUCAGCCACCGAGAUUCCGCUGCUCGAGACGAAAGUUUUAACCGUGCACUUCGCUCCCGAGACGGCCAAAAUCCGGAUCGAACCGAAUGAACUGCGACCCGGCACCGAGGCCACACUGAUAUGUGACUCCAGCUCCAGUAAUCCGCCGGCGAAAAUCUCCUGGCGGCACGAAGGCACCGUCCUGGAAGGUUCCAACAAUAUGUCGAAGCCCGGCUUAUGGGGCGGCACCGUGUCCUCGCAAGAGCUCAAGCUGAACAUCACGAAGGAUAUGGACGGCCACGCGUACAUAUGCCAGAGUACGAACGAGGUAUUACAACGGAGCAUCAAUGUGGCUGUCAAUUUGCAAGUCCUAUAUGAGCCACAGUUUUUGCCUCCUGCGGCAACAAACGUCACCGGUGUGGAGGGCGAGGCUCUGACCGUUGCCCUGGUCGCGACAGGCAAUCCAGCAGCCAUUGCCUACACCUGGACGAGGGAUGGGCUUCCGAUAACGCAGUCCGGCGUACCGAGAAUCGUCUCCGAGGGACCGAUCCUGAACAUCACCAAGCUGAAGCGAUCCGAUGCCGCCGUCUACACGUGCGAAGCCGUCAACUCCCAGGGGUCAGCGAUGAUUAAUAUCACCGUGCAGGUCAAGUAUGCUGCGACGAUAAAAUCCGCCUCCGAGAACGUUAUCGUAAACCCUGGCGAGGAUGCAGUACUAAACUGCACCGUCGACGGAAAACCAUUAACGCCGGAACACGUACGCUGGGAACGCGCUGGCUACGACCUGAAGGCGAAAACGUCAACAGCCUACGCCAACGGGACCAGCCAGCUAGUGCUGAGGGACGCCCAGCGGGAGGAUGUGGGCCAUUUCCGGUGCAUCGCCGAUAAUCGUGUCGCGGGUCCGGCCAGCCGCGAUGUCCUUUUGAUUGUCAAAUUUGCACCCGAGAUCGACAAAUCGCCGGCGAUGUUGCGCGCGGCGGCCGGAACCGGCGAACGAGCCCGACUUCCGUGUCGCGCCCAGGCCGCCCCGGCGCCCACCUUCCGCUGGAUCCGCUCCGGCCAGGAGCUGCACGCGAACGAAACCUCCAAGUACUACGUCAUCCAGAGCCAGCCGGACGCGCUUACGCACGAGUCCGUCCUGCUGAUCGAGCGCAUCGCGACGUCCGACUACGGCGAGUACGAGUGUCGGGCGGAAAAUGAGCUCGGUGUCGGCAGCGGCGUCGGUCGGCUGGACGUCAAAUCCGCCCCGGAACCGCCGGUCGCACUGACGGUGCUAAACGUCACGCACGACAGCGUCACGCUCGGCUGGGCGCCCGGCUUCGACGGUGGACACCGGGCGAGCUACCGCGUCCGGUACCGGGAGGCGGCCAGCGAGCGCUACCGGUACGAGGACAGCCCGCCGAACGCACACCAGCUCACGCUGACCGGGCUGCGCAGCAACACGCACUACCUGUUCUCGGUGAUGGCCGCCAACGUGCUCGGGGCGAGCAACUACCUGCCCGAUCUAACCCGCGCCCAAACCAAAGACCCGCCCGCAUAUCCGGGCAAACCGCCGCUGGAGUUUUCGUCCUUCCUGGCGUCCUCGUCACCGAUCGGCGCUUCCGGUUUGCUGCUGCUCGGGUUCGGCGUCGCAGCUGGCAUCUGCCUGGUGCUGCUCAACAUCCUGCUGCUCGUCUUCUGCCUGCACCGGCGCCUCGGCAGCAGCCCGAGCGGCAGUCCGCGGGUCGGAACGCUGCGGGCCUGCGCCGGCCGCAAGCAUCAUGGCGGCGGUAACGAUGCGUCCAACACCAAUGGCAGCAAGACGGCGACGAUUGAGAUGUACGCACCGAGCUCGUACAAUGACACCGUCACCGGUGAAACGCUGUCCAGUGUUUCGGAGAAGAGUGACGCGUACUCGAACGACGGCAGCCAACCGGAUUUUAUGCCGGACGAGACGCGGAAAAAGGCUGCAUCGACUUAUUUGGUUGAUGGGGUCGAUUUGCCACCGCCGAUGUAUCAGCAGGAUGGAUCCAUGCCGCGCUACAUAACCAACGUAGGCAACGGGGAUGGUAACGAUAGAAACACUUUUCAAAAACAAUUAAAAAAUAAAUCCAACGACGGUUCGUACUACAACAUGAACAGCGAGCGGUACCUUUCUUAUCCUCCGAUGGACUAUCCCGGGGUCGAGCUUGGAACGCCACCACUGCCAAUACUUCCAUCCAUGCCGCACAUGGAAUCUGCCUCGGAAACGCUACGACGAGUCGCCCGCACAAUGGUACCACCACCGGACGUGACGCAUCACACCCUGAACCGAAAUCACACGCACGGACUUCCCCACGACGGAAGCUUAAACGUUUCGAAUCCGUCCAGCAACCUUAAUGGCAGCAUUUCCCAUGCCGCCCAGUCAACACCGAAGCAACCGCAGGGAAUUCUGAAGGAUCCCAAACGCAGCAACAGCUCGGCCAGCGGCACGAGCCUUUCGUUUGCUCUCCUGCCAACCCAGCACCAUCAUCCGCACCAGCAGCAGGUUACCUUCCCCAUGCAAAGUCCCUCACUCGUGUAUCAACAGCAACCACCGCUGGACCAGUACCCUAGCGGAUUGAAUGGGCUCCUAAUCCCGGCACCACACGAUGCCCCGAGUUUGGGCAACGGGCUGCUGCUUGGAGCCUAUGAACCUCCGUCCAGCUCGAGCCUAGCGUCGUACAACGUGUCUCUUGGGUACACUGACGCUGAUGGUCAUCUGGUAUAG